UCCUUAACUGAUACCCACAUGGUUUGAAAGAGUGAGUAUGGCUGUGAUUCUACUCAACUGUAUCACCCUUGGGAUGUACCAGCCUUGUGAAGACAAAGUCUGCUCAACUAUACGAUGUCAUGUUCUGGCUAACUUUGAUCAUUUCAUUUUUGCAUUCUUUGCUGUUGAAAUGAUAAUCAAGAUGAUUGGAAUGGGAAUUUAUGGAAAAACAACAUAUUUGGAUGAUUCUUGGAAUAAACUGGAUUGCUUCAUAGUAAUAGCUGGUGUGGCAGACUAUAUCAUAAACAAUGCUAUUGAGUAUGGCGUUGAUAGUGAAAACCUCAGCCUUUCAGCAAUAAGAACUAUCAGAGUGUUACGGCCUCUAAGGGCUAUAAAUAGAAUUCCAAGUAUGAGAAUUUUAGUGAUGUUGUUACUGGAUACACUACCAAUGUUAGGCAAUGUGUUGUUGUUGUGUUUUUUUGUCUUUUUUAUCUUUGGAAUUAUUGGUGUACAACUGUGGGCUGGAGUCCUACGUAAUAGAUGUUUCCUCAAUGUUAGUGAAAAUAUUUCCUAUGCACAAGCAAAUUUAAGUCCUUAUUAUAUUCCAAAGAAACUCCUUAAUGUACAUUACGACUAUAUAUGCAGUAAACCAGGAGAAUCAGGAAUGAGGACAUGUGACAGUUUCCCGCUUUAUCAGUACGAAGGAAUAGGGUGUAACGGAACUGCUAAAAUGUACAGCAAUAAUACGCCCACAAAUAAUUCUUGUGUAAAUUGGAAUCAGUAUUACACCUAUUGUACUGCGGGGGAUAAAAACCCCUUUCAGGGUGCUAUAUCAUUUGACAAUAUAGGAUUAGCUUGGGUAGCUAUAUUUCAAGUAAUUAGUUUAGAAAGUUGGGUGAAUAUUAUGUAUUAUGUACAAGAUGCUCAUUCUUUUUGGGACUGGUCUUAUUUUGUAGCUUUAAUUGUGAUUGGUUCUUUUUUUAUGAUAAAUUUAUGCCUAGUUGUGAUAGCUACUCAGUUCUCAGAGACAAAGAAAAGAGAAACUGAGCGUAUGAUGCAGGAACGAAAACGUUUUCAGUCGUCAAGUACUUUGGCCAGUAAUUCAGAGCCUGCUGGAUGUUAUGCAGAAAUAUUAAAAUACGUUGCACAUUUAGGACGAAGAGCGAAACGAAAAAUCUUAAAAAUGUAUUACGAUGCAAGAGGAAAGACUCAUCCACGACAUAAAAUAAAACCUCAGUUAGCAUUAGGGAAGCGAAAACAAAGCAAAGGUAGUGAAUCUGCACAGAGUCAUGCUUGUAAUAGUUGUUCGCACAGAUUUAACUAUUUUUAUCAGUUUGUUAACAAUCAGAAUGACCCUCAUAUAAGUCGUCGCAACAGUAGUCCUAUAGCUCCCCGCGCAUCACCUGAGAUGAGUGACCUAGACUCUAUAUCGUCACCACGUUGUACUAACUUUCUAACAGUGCCAGGCUUUAACAGCAUGAACCCCUCGUCUGAAUCUAUUAACACGCUCGCUUUUACUGCCACAGACACGCUAUCACCUCCAUUGCUCAAGCCUCGUAUAUCAUCGCCAAAUCAUUUAGCACCGCCGCAUGGCAGCAUUAGUAGAACUCCCUCAAUAAAUAGUGAAUGUAGUAAGAAAUUACCAUGUGUGCCUGAGUUACUAGUUAUACGUACCCCUAGGAGUACACCAAUGCACCAGUCUCAUAGUCCAAGUAACACCAAGAAUCAUAAUAAUCACACUUAUAAGGGUAUUCCUGAAGAUCUGCUAGACGUAAUCGGAGACAAACAGAUUUGUUACCUAGUGAACGAUUAUGAUAAACAGUGUAAUCAUACAUGUAAUCAUGUUUCUCAUGAUGUCUCUGAUAAUGAGAACCAUAAGGAGAAAGAUUCUGAGAUUGAAAGCAAAGAUAAAAAGGCCAAGCGCAAUAAAAACUGUGUCUCAUACAACAUGGAGAAGUUUGUAGAACACAAGUUAUUCCGCUGGGGGAUAUUAGGAGCUAUAGUAAUAAAUACAGCAAGUAUGGGGAUAGAACAUCAUCACCAGCCUCUUGAGUUGACAGAAGUCUUAGAAUACAGUAAUAUUGUGUUUUGUACUCUGUUUGCACUUGAAAUGGUCCUUAAAUUAAUAGCCUAUGGACCAUUUGGUUAUAUCACAAAUGGAUUUAAUGUGUUUGAUGGAUUUAUUGUGAUAUUAAGUAUGGUAGAAUUAUUGCAACAAGACGGAGAUAGUGGACUGUCUGUUCUAAGAACGUUCCGUCUGCUACGUAUUCUAAAAUUAGUCCGCUUCCUGCCGGCCCUACGACGACAGCUAGUAGUCAUGCUCAGAACCAUGGACAAUGUUGCCACAUUUUUUGCCCUUCUUCUUUUGUUUAUGUUUAUCUUCAGUGUCCUGGGCAUGAAUUUAUUUGGUGGAAAAUUUUGUUGGAGGGAAGAUAGUAGUCCAUGCUUCUGUGCAGACGUUGACGAUUAUAACGGUACAAACUCCUGUAUUUGUGACCGAGCCAAUUUUAAUUCCUUGCUGUGGUCACUUGUAACAGUGUUCCAGGUCCUGACUCAAGAGGAUUGGAAUACAGUCCUUUACAAUGGAAUGGAGACCACAUCAGCCUGGGCUUCACUAUACUUUAUUGCCUUGAUGACCUUUGGGAACUAUGUUCUAUUUAACCUCUUAGUUGCCAUUCUUGUAGAGGGAUUUUCACAUGAGGAGGAAGAAAAGAAGAAAAUGAAAGAACAACGUCAGAAAGAAAUAGAAGCAUUCCUUGCCGAGACCAACAACAACGAGGAGAAAAAUCAGACCAUUAAAAUCAAGGCCGUUGAUAUUGCUCAGAUUAAAAUUAAUAAUAAAGAAAAAGAAAAAAUGUUAGCUUUAUGUCCAGUCAUAAAGGAGGAUAACGCCAACAGGACUGGUCAGGCACCUGAUAUAGCCCCACCAAUCAUCACACAUACGGCAGCCACACCCAUGCCAACACCCCAGGGGUCACCCAACGAAAAUCCCAACAAAGAUUACAACAAAGUGACGUUAUGUGUCCACCCUCAGGUUCAGAUGGACACUCUGUCAGUACAUUCAUCAUCCACUUCCAAUGCUAGCUUAAGAUCAUCACCACGUCUUUCACCAAGAGCUUCACCCCGUCCAUCUCCAAGACCGUCACCUCGAGGAUCACCACGUCCAAUGUCAAGGUCACCUGGUCUAUGUAGAUCAUAUAGUUACGGAAGCAGAAACAGUUGGCGAGGCAGGAGAAGCCGGGAUGGUGAGAGAAGAUGUUUGGUACAGGAGUGUGGUAAAUCUCAGAGUGUAGAUUAUUAUGACGACGAUGUAUUCAUACCAUGUACACCUAUUCCAAACAGUCGGCUAGAUUGCAAUGGUCAUUUGCCGUUAAACAACCAACGAACAUUAAGUCCACAGAACUCCAUAAAGCGUCAGCCAUUUCCAUCACCUCGUAACUCAUUAAAAAUUCGUAACAAUUCAGUCAGCAGCACACAAAGCGUCUGCAACUCAAUAUAUCUGAGUCGUCAGAACUCUUUUACUAGUCGUCGUACAAUGAACUCUUUGUCUUCCAUGACGGGUGUUAAGGAGGAUUAUAAACAGAAUAAUCUAUCUGAAUCACCAACUGGUGAAGCUAAUACCCAACAUAUAUCAGAUGUAGAAGACGAGGAAGACCCGGAUGCUAUGGAUGAAACAAAUUGUUCUUGCUCCUGGUUUCCUGAACCAAAAGGCUGCUUCAAAACAAGAGAAGAAUAUGCAUUAUAUGUCCUUAGUCCAACUAACUGUUUUAGAAAAUUUUUACACCAUUGGAUGGCUCAGAAAUGGUUUGACAACUCUGUGUUAUUUUUCAUUGCUUUGAAUUGUAUCACAUUAGCUAUGGAACGACCUGAUAUACCUCCUACAUCUAAAGAAAGAGAGUUCCUGAACUAUUCAAAUUAUGGCUUUACGUUUAUAUUUGCCUUGGAAAUGACAAUCAAGGUAUCAGCUAAAGGAUUAUUAAUCGGUAAACACGCCUAUUUAAAGAGUGGCUGGAAUGUGAUGGACGGGUUCCUAGUGCUUAUAUCGUUGACCGAUAUAUUUAUAUCGUUGUCAGCGUCAAGCAGUCCUAGGAUCUUUGGAAUUCUUCGUGUUUUCCGAUUACUACGAACAUUGAGACCUCUCAGGGUAAUUAGCAGGGCACCAGGUCUUAAACUGGUUGUACAAACAUUAUUGUCUUCAUUACGACCCAUUGGAAAUAUCGUUCUCAUCUGCUGUACAUUUUUCAUUAUCUUUGGAAUAUUAGGCGUUCAGCUCUUCAAGGGAAGUUUUUACUAUUGUAAAGGACCAAAUGUGAGACAUGUUGUUAAUAAAACAGAAUGUUUAUUGGAUCUUCACAACAAAUGGGUUAACCAAAAAUAUAACUUUGAUGAUUUGGGCCAAGCCCUGAUGGCAUUGUUUGUGUUAGCCUCUAAGGACGGAUGGGUCAGCAUUAUGUAUACUGGUCUGGAUGCUGUGGGAGUGGACAUGCAGCCCAAAGAAAAUUACAACGAAUGGCGUCUGAUAUAUUUCAUCUCAUUCUUGCUGCUGGUCGGCUUUUUUGUGCUGAACAUGUUCGUAGGAGUUGUAGUGGAAAACUUUCACAAGUGUCGAGAAGACCAAGAAAAAGAAGAGAGAGAAAGACGACAGAAGAAAAGAUCACAGAAAAUGGAACAAAAGAGAAAGAGUGAGGAACCCUUUGGGGAUUUUGAACUGAACCGUCCAGCAUACUGGUCAAAUUAUUCCCCUUGUCGUCUGGUUAUUCAUCAAGUUGUCAACAGUAAAUACUUUGACCUUGCCAUAGCAGGGGUCAUAGGGUCAAAUGUCAUCACCAUGGCGAUGGAAUACUACAUGAUGCCACCAGAAUUAGAAUUUGCGCUGAAGAUUUUUAAUUACUUCUUCACAUGUGUGUUCAUUAUUGAGGCCACUAUGAAGAUUAUCGCCCUUGGAUUUCUAAGAUAUAUCAAAGACAGAUGGAACCAGUUAGAUGUCCUCAUUGUCAUUUUAUCAGUUGUCGGAAUAAUUCUGGAGGAAAUGAAAACCAAUGUCAUUCCCAUCAAUCCUACCAUCAUUAGGGUCAUGAGAGUGCUUAGAAUAGCUAGAGUUUUGAAGUUACUGAAGAUGGCGAAAGGUAUCCGAGCAUUGUUAGACACUGUGAUACAGGCCCUUCCACAGGUGGGAAACUUGGGCCUCUUGUUCUUCCUGUUGUUCUUUAUAUUUGCUGCUUUAGGCGUUGAACUGUUUGGCAGACUUGAGUGUUCUGAGGAGCAUCCAUGUGAAGGCUUAGGAUCGCAUGCUCACUUCAAAGACUUUGGUAUGGCAUUCCUUACCCUCUUUAGAGUAGCCACAGGGGACAAUUGGAACGGAAUCAUGAAGGAUACAUUACGAGAGGACUGUGACUCGUCCAGUGAUUGUCUGACGAACUGUUGUGUGAACUCUGUCAUUGCUCCCGUAUUCUUUGUAAUCUUUGUAUUAAUGGCCCAGUUUGUGUUGGUUAAUGUUGUUGUUGCUGUGCUGAUGAAACACCUAGAGGAAACUUACAAAUACAAAGAAAUGGAUGAGGAGCUUGAAGAAGAAUAUCAACGUCAACUUAACAAAACUGUUAUCCCAGAUGUGCUUGAACUUAAACUACAGGAAUCUCACAGGGUGAUGGCAGACGACGGAGCUGAGGUUGGGGAUGGUGAAAACAAUGAUGCUGAGGAAGGGGGUGAACAAAAGGACGAUUCCAAAUUGUCUGAAAAAUCUACUGACCAGAAAUCAGUAAAGAUUCCAACGCCCAUACCAGGAUAUAUCCGUCGUCUGAGAACUCCCAUCUCAAAACAGUUCUCACUGCCACCAAGCUUUACAUUUUGUCCACCAAGCAACGAACAGUUAUCUGACCGUUCUGUUAGAAGUACUUUGUUGGUACCAAUAGACAUAAUGGUAUCCAGCUAUAACAGUAAUCUAGAUAUGAGUCUCGAUGCCUCUGGAUCAAGUUUAGAGGUCCCAUUAACCCCAUCAUAUUAUUCCGAUUCAUCAAGUUAUACUGAGACAAACAUUGAUAAUAGUAGUGAAAACGUCAUUCCAAAAAUAGCAGACGAAUUAAAAAAGUCUACUGCCCCAUCACAGAGACAUCGUCGGAGACUUGUCCGCCAAAAAGUAGUUAGCGAAAGUCCACCUGCUGUGGAUAAAUGUAUUUUAUUGAAUUUAUAUGAAUUAUCAGAGACGAAAAAGAAAAUUGGAACAGUUUCUCAGUCUCAUCCGUCAUUGCUUGUACAAAACAAAGAUGGUGGCCACAAAGGCUGUGAAAUUUGUAAGUGUAAAAUGUCUAACAUUAGUUGUCGGAGUGCUGCCAAACACAAUCCACUACACAGGAGUCAAUCUAGUGGGGCAGAAAAAGUUAAAAUUAGAGACAAGCACAUGUUGGCUCAGCGAAGAGGUGGAAGGGAAAGACGUUCACGCAUUUAUAUUAGAAAUAUAUCUGAUGCAUCUAAUGCUAGCUCAUUGACAAGGGACAAUAGUGUCUCGCAAUCGGAUAAAAAUGUAACUUUGUCUCCAGACAAUUCUGGUGAGUCUGCACCAUUGAAAAGUCCAUGUAGAAAACAUCCUCAUUCUCGUGAUAAUACAUUAGAUUCAGGUUCGUUUGACUGGUCAGCUGAUGAAGCUGCCUGUGAUGAAGAGGUGCGUUUGAUUACUGGUACCCCUCCAGAGACAGAGGACGAACAGGAGCAGGUAUCUCCUCCAUGGACAAGGGAGGGUACUGCUGUUAAUGAAAGUUCAGUUUGUUCCACAGUUGUACCAGAAGCAACUUCUGCAAACAGUGAUCGAAUAAUAAAUCCACCAAUGAAUUUGGUUUCCACACCAACAAACAAUUUAAAUCCAUGUCACUCAAUACCAAUGUGUCGUUCACCAUUACCACCAUCACACUUGUCUAUAGAAAUUCCAGAGCAUUCAUCACACCUGUCAUCCUCGUCAUGUUUAUCAACAAAUUCUACAAAAAAUUCACCAGACAAAUUAUUGUUACCAAAUUCAUCAUUGACUAUUCCUAGAUCACCAAAACCACCACGACUGUCACCAUUGUUUCUUUCCAUUCCUGUCGUAGAAUGUCCGUCGAGUGAAGAAGGCGGAGAUCAAUCUUCCCUUUCUGUUCCUCGAGUUAAUACCCCAGUGCCUUCUAGAAGUAGUGACAGUGUUUCCCAUAAUUCCAUUAGUCCCUCAGGAGCAGACGGACAUUGUGAUAAACGUAUAGAAGACUCAGAUCAGAGCAAAACUGUGAUAAAUAAACUGUCACAAGGUCACCUGACUUUAAGAAGACGUUUACAUUCAGCCGAUUCUCAAGAUGAUAAUUGAAAAAAAUGCAUACUUUUUUACUUUGAAGUCAAUUUACUUACUAAGUCUUUUUAUAAAAUUUGUUGUCAAUUACACUUUCAAAAAGAAUAUUCUGAAAUUCAGUAGUAAAAUGCAAAUAUUGUAUUUCAUCAGUAAUUUCUAUACACCAUAUAGAGGUCUAAUUUUAUACAAUUUUCUUCACUAUUUAGUGCUACAUGUAUAACUUUUUUUCACUAAGUCCAGUUCCCAUAAACAUAGUUUAAUACAUUAUAUUUUUAUUAGAAUAUUCAUUAUUUUACUAUUUCUUGUGAUACAUUUUUUUCAAUUUAUUAUUGACACAUUUGUACAAAUUGUUCAUGCAAUCAGAAUUUUCAAUGCAGGGUAUAAACUACAAUGAAAAUUAUAUAUAUACUUGAUUUAUGAGUUUGUUUGUUCAACCCAAAUGGAUCUGAUAUAACUUUUUGCCUUUUUUGAAUUGUCUUGCAGCUUUUUUUUUAUCAGAAAAAUUGAAUAAUGACAGAUAUACGAUAUAUAAAAGGGGUUUCAGUUGCGAACAUGAUUUUGCCAAUAAUGCUAAACACAAACUUUUAUUCCUUCAUUUAUCAUACAUAAUUCAUAGACCCAAUACACAAAACAACUAUAAUUACACAGAGCAUCCAACAGAAAAUGCAUAUUACUGUACAUUUAUUCUAAUUUAAAUUUGAUGCGCUCCAUACAAAUCUUUCUUUUGGGAAUUUAAUUCUCUCCAUGCAACAUAGUUCUUGUGGAAAUUUGAGGCUCUCCAUACAAAUCAUUCUUUUGGGAAUUUGAGGUUCUCCAUACAAGAUUAUUCUUUUGGGAAUUUGAGACUCUCCAUACAAAUAUUUUUUUUCAAAUUUGAUGCUCUCCAUACAAAUAAUUAUUUUGGGAAUUUGAUGCUCUGCAUACAAGUAUAUUUUUUUUCAAAUUUGAUGCUCUACAUACAAGAUAAUUCUUUUGGGUUGAACAAUAUUUUUGUGUGAAUGAUGUGAUAGAAUAGCUAUGUGAUUUUUUCAAAGUUAUUAGUUUCUUUUGUGAAAAAAUGGUUAAUUGGUAGUAUUGUGAAUUUUCCUGUGAUAUGCUUGGUAUUUAGAUACCCAAAAGUACAACUGAACAUAAAGAAAUUUGGAAAUAAAAACAAUUUCAUCAGUGUCUGUCACCAGGCACUAUGAAAUUACCUCCCCUUCUUUUUGUUCGUGUAUAUGGACAUUAUGUCUUUUAAAGACAUAGUUUUAUUCCAAAAUUGUAAUUAUGAGUUAAGAUGAGUUAUUUCCCUUCUUGGUAGGAUUAGGACUGGUAUCUUGCAAUAAUUAGAAGCAACAAAAAUUCAUGUAAUAGAUAAGCUGUCCAUUAAAUUUUCAAUUUUUGCUAAAACGGUAUUUUAUUUUCAUAGUUCUAGUCAAGUUCAAUUAUUUUACCAAAAUUAUUUGUAUGAGCAUUUUACAAUUAUAAAAAAGUAUCUUGUUUUCACCAUUAUAGGUUGGUCCCCUCCGUUAAAUAUCUGGUAUGCCUUCGGAAUAUGAAAAUAUUAAGAUACAUGUAUUGGCAAGAAUUUCAAUAAUGGUUGGGAAACAGACUUAGUCUCACAGCCAACCAUUGUGAUUAUUGGGAAAGAACCAGAUUUUAUUUCUAUUUGUUUGUUAAAUAAAAUUGUAAACAAAAAACAGCCAUGAACAUUCCAUUUCCAAACUUACUAUAGUAUACAAAAUUUGCAACUUUCCUUUCAUUUGUUUAUGAUAAUGUCCCCACAAAGAUACCUCACCUUUUGAAACCUUCUUUUUUAAAUUUAUAGUUGCAGAUUUGUUCUUGAAUCUUCUUGAAAAUUAUUUCCUGUUGUAAAUGAGAUCAUGCAUGUUGUUGCAAAUGAGAACAUUUCUAUCUUUUUUUAUAUUCUUGUAGACAGAAAGUUUUUGAUGGAAAGAGACAAAAAGUGAUUGCUUUGCAAAUGUGGUUUGUCAACUGGCCAAAUAUAUAGGUCAGUUGAAAAAGUACAGUUUCUGAACUUGAAAUAGGUGUAUAGUGACCUCAUCAGACUUCCUGUCCUGUUGUCUUCUGGGUAUUGGAAUAUCUUUUGUGUUUACAUUUUGUGAUAUUUUUACUUAUCAACCAUUUAAUGGUCAUAUAUGGUAAUACUAUUGUAGGUAAUAUGUUUUUGAUUUGUGUUAAUUUUUACGCUAGAAUACAUUCUAUAUCACUUAUACUGUGGAUUCAUUAUUUUUCGUUGGAUACCAAUUUUCAGGGAUUUUCUGGUAACCCUAAUUUCAAUGUAUAACCCUUAACAAAAGUUAUAUAGACAUGUAAGCAGACUUUGGCAAAACAUGAAAUCAAAUAUCCAUGAAAAUGAAAAAUUCCCUCAAUCCAUGAAAAUUGGUACAUGUGAAAAAAGUAAAGUUUCAAAGGAAUUAUUGGGAAAAUCUGUAUUAAUUUUGAAAGAAAUUUGAACGAUAUUUGAUACACAAAUUUCUGUUUAAGUAUGUAAUUUUCCAUUGGUGAAAGGCUCAAAUUUUUUUGAUUUUUUUCCUCUGAUUCUUCAAAUACAACUCUGUACAAAUGAAACAAACAGAUUAUCGAUAAGGAAUAUGUUGCAUAUAUCCAUUUACUUGUUAAAAUUUGCUAAUUGGAAUUUUUAAAUGAGUUAUUUAUUAAAUUAUAUUGAUCAAUUAUACAUAUCUUUUAAAAUGUUUCUUGUUUUACUGUAUUUAUUUAUUUAUUUAUUUUCUAAUUAUGAGUCGAUUGUUUUUGAACAUGUGAAAAUCUGUGAUUUAUUCAUUCUAUUAAUUAUGCAUUAUAUGUAUGGAUCAUGUUAGAAUUGUAUGUGUGAAUGCAUAUAAAUUUUACUGCAAUCAUUAAAUAGACAAUUUUUUCUUACAUCAGAAUUUUUUCAUUGUUAUAUUAUCCACAUUGUAUAUUAAAAAGCACUAAUUUAUCUAUAGUUCUUCUAGUGU